ACGUGCGAGUCGACGUUCUUCUCAAUGCGCCAACCCCUUUAAAAUACUAUUAAUGUUUACAACACACUCGGAACGGAUGUUUUCUUAUCCACUUUUAGCGUACGAAAUGGUAUAUUGGCGUAAAAAUAUCCUUGAAGAUGCCAUCUAAAUUUCCCAGUACAGGUGCUUCCCGAUGCGACAGUUGUGUUCCAAAGAAACAUUGCAGACGGUGAAAUCGCAUAAAUAGAAAAAUGAAAUCCCUUCACCCCUCUCAAUCAUACACAGGUACCAUAACAACCCCUUCAUUGUCAACUUUCAAUCGGCUAGCAAUCAAUUCUCGUUUAUUUGAAAUCGACCUAAAUUAGGUGAGCGCACUUUAAUAAAAUCGCAAAUCUGAUCUGUACACACAUCAAGCUGUGCAAUAUAAAAUUAAUAGCUCAUAGACACUACACUAUACGCAGUAUACAAGUAAUUAUCCAGGAUGGAUUGUUAUUGUCUGUACGAGGAGAAUAACGACUGAAUAGUCCUCCUAUUUCGCGACGGCUCUUUAAAUUACCAGCACUGAACGCAGAUGACAACACCUGCCGCGUUCUUCCAUCUUGUGAACAUUUAGUAAGCUACAUGUGUUAUAUGUGUUACGUUGCGUGACUGGGAGACAUCGCAAGUGUUGCAGUUCUAGGUUAAAAGAAAUGGAAGGUAUCACAUACGUCCCGUCAGAUUCAAAUGAUGAAUAUUCAGAUACGGAUAAAAUAUUAUUAGAGGAUGUGAGAAAAUGGAAGAAUUCAGAUAUUGAAGAAAGUGAGGAAGAAGUAUAUGGACUUCCCUGUGAUGACAGUAGUGAUGGAGAUGGUGAGAAGAUGUCUGACAGUGACAUUGAGGGGCAGGAUGAUGACAGCAAUGGCCUGCCAGAUGUCAGAGCCUGGGGGCAGAAGAGAAGAAACUUUUAUAAUACAGACUAUGUUGAUCAAGAUUAUGGAGGUUUUGAUGAGAAAGAUGUUGAAGCUGCAGAACGUGAAGAGGAGGAAGCCAGAGCCAUUCAGAAGAGACUGGUGGAACAGCUGGAUGAAGGGGACUUCUUACUUGAUAUGUUUGCAAAGGAACCCCUCCAGAAAGAUAAAGAGGCUGAGGAGGAGGUGAUAAAGACAGAUCUCAGGAAACUGAGCAAAAGACAGAAAUUGGUUCUGCUCCGGAAAGAGAGUCCAGAGUUUUUUGGCCUUGUAGAGGAUUUCAAAGCAAAUAUGACAGAGCUUCAGCAGAAGAUUGAGCCCAUCCUGAACCUCAUCAAGAGUGGGAAGAUACCAGCAUCACAAGCUGAUAGCUAUGUUCAAACCAAGUACCAUCUUGUGCUGAAUUAUUGUACCAACAUUGCAUUCUACUUGCUUCUGAAGACUAAGCGAAUAGCAGUUCAGUCACAUCCAAUAGUGCACAGGCUGUACCAAUAUCGACAGCUGCUCAAACAGCUGAAACCAGUGGAUGAGGUAAUGACUCCACAGUUAGAGUCCAUCUUGGAACUGGUGCAUAAUGGAGAUGAGAUCACACCAGUAACCAGCGAGAAGACAAAUCAUCUGGGAAAGACAAAAGCGCCUAAGAAGAAACUGCUGAAGUUUCUUUCCCAUUUGAAGGAGGAGGCCAACAGUAAUGACAGUCUGAUCAAACUGCCAGCCAAGGAUGCUUUUGCAGAAAAGAAUGGCAAUGCUGGGUUGAACAGUGAUAUUUCUGGUGGAAGUGAUUCAGAAGAAACAAAAGAUGUAGAUGAAGAAAUGAAGGAGGAUGGGAAGCGAGGAAUCACAUAUCAGAUUGCGAAGAACAAGGGCCUGACACCACAUCGCAAAAAAGAGCAACGGAACCCACGUGUUAAGCACCGCAAUAAGUUCCGUAAAGCCAAGAUACGCAGGAAAGGGCAGGUGCGAGAACCUAGAAAAGAAGUUGAAAAAUAUGGAGGAGAGAUUUCGGGAAUCAAGAUUGGCGUUGUCAAGAGCAUCAAGCUGAAGUAGGUGGUGCUUGCAGUAUGAAGUAAGGUGAUAAAAGCCAUAAAAUAUUAAUUCCAUAAUUUUUGUGAUACAAAUAUACGGUUCAAUACAGUUUUUCUUGAUGAUAUGAUUAUAAUACUUGUUUUCACAUGUAUUCAACUCAUUGGCAUAAGUACAGAAAAAAGCUGAUAAUAUAACAAAAUUCAGGAAUAUUUGACUCAAUGAUUGAGCACAACCUUCAAUUCUGGAGGUGCCUUGUUCAAAUCUAAGUUGGCAUAAUAAAUUUCUGACUUUUCCCCCCAAUUCUAAGAA